AUGAAGUUGCUACUUCUCUUGCUGGUUAUCGCUAUAGUGCUGCUUCUCGGCGUCUGCUAUGGGCGCCUCACCGCGGCGGUGCAGAGGCGCCUCCCGAAGCUGCAGAACAAGCGCAUCUGCCUGCUGAUCGCGCACCCCGACGACGAGUCCAUGUUCUUCGCGCCGACCCUCCUCGCGCUGACGCGACCUGAGACGGGCAACCACGUCAAGGUGCUCUGCCUCAGUACAGGCAAUAACCAAGGCCUUGGCCAGAUCCGAAAGAAGGAGCUGUUCAAGAGCUGCUCCAUGUUGGGGCUAAAGCAGGACGAUGUGUUUGUCAUUGAUAGCAUUAAGUUCCGCGACUCGCAAGAAUGUACGUGGGACAAGGACGACAUAUCCAAUCUGCUCUACGAGCCCUUCAUCCGAGAAACCGCCGACGGGCCCCCCUCCUCCCCCAAAUCGAAAAAGACCAUCGUCCCUAUCCUCGACGUCCUGAUCACCUUCGACCAGCACGGCGUCUCCUCGCACCCCAACCACAUCUCCCUCUACAACGGCGCCCGGGCCUUUGUCUCCAGCCUGAGGCAAAGGCAGACCGGCUCGGAGCAGCCGGGCGUGGACCUGUACACGCUGACGACCGUGCCGCUGCUCCGCAAGUUCACCAGCUUCAUGGACGGCUUCGUCACGUGGCUCAUCUGGUCCGGCGACGCGGAGCGGCAGGGCGGCGGCGGCAAGGCGAGGAGGCUGCUGUUCUUCAACUCGCUGACGGGCGAGGGCGGCGUGCCGACGGCCUGGCGGACGAUGACGACGGCGCACAAAAGCCAGAUGGUGUGGUUCAGGUGGGCUUGGGUCGCGUUCAGCAGAUACAUGGUCGUCAAUGAUUUGAAGCUGGAGCAGACCUGA